AUGAAAUAUCUGGACAAAAACCUGAACAGAAAGCAAGAACAGAUAAAAGAUUAUCAAAAUAUGAACGGAACUUUGAUCAAAGUGUUCGAACGGUUAUCUGCUGAAAAAAAAAAGUACGUAUCCAUCUUUCCUCACAGAAACGUUAGUUGUUUAAAUAAUAUCUAUUCAAUUUGUGAUACUAACCGAAGAUAUUCAAGUACUAAAACACCAAAAGAGGUUUCCUCAAAGUACAUCAAGGAAUUAAAGGAAUACAAUGAAUUAAGGGACGCUGGCCUACGGUUGGCUCAAAUUAUUGCGGAUGAGAAGCAAUGUAAGAUCAAAGAUGUUUUUGAAGAAAUUGGGUAUUCAAUGAAAGAUUAG